AUGAAUUCGACUACAAACGGCACAGAAGCAUAUGCACCCGAAAUCUGUGGGAAGAUCUUCUCACUUGGAUGUCGCAAAAAUGAAAGUCGGAGUCAGUACGGCGAAGGAAGUAGACGGUGGCGAGAUGUCAAUAUCAGCUUUGCUAUCGCCACCAGUUAUCUCGCCAUGAUCGCCCUCGUCGCCCUCGUCAUGUAUGUUCGGAAUCGGACCCGCCUUCGCCUCAUGGUCGUCAUCUUCUCGAUCUUAGGCCUCUCAUCAGGCGUUGCUGGGUUCCUCUCUACGACGAGGUUCCAUGGCUCGUACAAGACGGACGAAAGACUGCAGGCGCAUCAGUUCUGGAUAUGGUAUUUUGCUUGCGAGGGUCUGGGCACCGCCAUUCUUGCUUGGACGGUCGUCAAGGUGGGCACGGUGUUCUACUCCCAGGCCGGGAGGAAGAACAUCUUUUACGUCCUGUCGAUCAUCAUGAUUUUGGUCUUCGCCGCCCUCGCUAUCGCCAACCUGGCCGUCUACAUCACACAGGUGACUGGAAAUACGAUCCGCGGCACUGCGGCCAAUCGACCGAGCGAUUAUGACUGGAGGAAGUUUGUAAUCAAGUCGUGGCAAGAUGACCAAAGGAAUCCGAGUCGUGAGGUCUAUCUUCCCAACCAGGUCCUUACCGCUGUCACCUUCCUCUGGGUGUCCAUGUACCUCUUUGUCCCGCUGUUGCGGAAUCAGAAACACCGUCCCGUCAUUGGCAGCGACAUGACGGCCGUUGGCAUCUGGUACCUCUCCUGUCUGUCGAUCCUGGUGUCGGUAUACAUGGCCCUCACCAUUUGGUCGUGCUUUCAAGUAGAGCCUAAAACCUUGUACCAACCCUGGAUCUCGGCUGUUGACGUCUGUCUUCGUGGCACCAUCGGUAUCGUCUUCAGUCUCCCGGCACCAAAGUUCAUCAUCCAGUUCGCUCGUCAAUACUACGGUCACCAGCGCAAGGAAGGCGACAGCAGCAGAAUCCCACGAGGUAUCAUCUCCCGUCAACGUGGCAUGUUCAGCUCCAGCAUGAACUACUCUCAAGACUUUGGGGGCAACUUCUCGAACGACCGCUCCCCUGUGACAACCCUGGGCACCACCGCCAAGGCAGGCGCAUCUAUCGAGGAUCCCCUGGGCUACCUUGAGAACCACAGCAGCCGAAGCAACAACAUGAACUUUGGAUCCAUAAAACUCUUUCCUACCCGAAACCGUGGCGAGUCCAUGGAGAGCAGCAAAGUGUUUAACCAGGAUUUCGAUCCCGAUGAUCUUCAGGACGAAUACCUUAGUGGUGACGAGGGUCACACCAGUGACUCGUUCCAGCAGUACUACUCCAAGGUGGACAACGCUAUUCCCAUUGUUAUGUCGAAGGGUCUGAACUCGUUGACAACUCAGGACGCACAGGAAAAGGAUGUCCUUUCAUCUGGACACAAGGUGGAGGAGCCUCAACGACCAGCCCCGGCUUUGACGGUGACAAGGUCGACUGAGAAACAGGCUGUCCGGUCAUGGGAUAUCGACAGCCAGGCCAAGCCCUUCCUGGAAAACAUUACCGUACCUCCCUCCUCCGCUCAGGAGUCUACAAUCCAGCAACACGACAAGGGCGCUGCAAGUGAGCCAUGGUUGACCCCUGAAGCUGCGAGCGAGUCUGUGCUGCAGUCCUCUGCACGUGGCACACAGGAGGCAUUGACCUCCAAGAGCAUCGGAAUCACAGGAACGACGGGGUGGGAGGUUGGUGGAUGGGGUCAUCCUCGGGGAGGCAGCAACACUAGCACCGCUAACCUUGCUCAUUCUCGUGACGACAGCAACGCCAGCAAUGUCAGUCUUGCUCACCCGCUUGAAAAGAAGCUCUACCGACAAGACUUAGUCUACAACGUGGGCGAUGGCACCGUUUCUGUCCUCCCCGAGCUCACUGGUCUCCAGAAGCAGCUUGCCCAACACCAGUCGUCCCUUCUCCCGUCAGCCAUUGCCAUCCAGCACUACGAUCCUGCCGAGAACUGCCCACCAGCCCUACGUGCCCAGAUGGAGGCCGCUUUCACCAGCUAUAUCGAAAGUCUUCCCCCAGAUGUGGAUAUCGACGGGCGUAUACGUCUUGCAGGCCACGAGCCAGACUUGAUUACAGCCGACUCUGACGAUCUCAAGAUGACUCGCCACCUCAACGAGCGGUUCCGGAUCUACCAGCAGAACCACAACUCGUUCGCCUAUGAUCGCGCCUACUGGAUCAAGCACCCACCCAGUCAGUCUAGCACCGACUCUGCAACCAGCCGGAGAGAGAAACUUUUGGAAGACAUUUACCUCAACCCCACCCAACCCACCGCCUCCAAGCUGAUUACCAUUCAACCGCCACCACCUAGUUUUGCGCCACCACUGCCCCCUCCUACCGCCACUGCUUCCAUAAAGAAGAAGAAGUGGCUCUCUGGCCGUAAGUCCCAUGACCUGGAUCGCCUUUCAUCCCAGAGUGCUGCCAUCAAGCUCAGCGAAUCCAACCGAGCUCCUUCCGGAGGUGAGCGCCGAGGAAGUCUAACCAACACAGGAAACGAUGGCGCCUCAUCCAAAGCCAACAAGCCUAAGGAGAGUCGAUUGGGUGUCUUUUCAAAGGUUCUCUCUGGAGGUGCCCACAAGGGUAGUGACCGCAUCCGCACCAGCCAAGACAUCAACGACCAGGAUCGUGAGCGCGACAAGUCAGAAUCGGGAGCUAAGUCAGACGGCAAGUCCACCGGCCCUCUUCAAAUCUCAGCACCCGCCCCAGCGACAGUUGAGGCAUUGACAAAGUCGACUUCCUUGGGUCAACUGAAGGAGGAGGAUGAAGACAAGGGUCUCCAGUACUACUACCCCGACCCUUAUUUCAGCCUCACCGAGAGCAAAAAGUCUCAGUCUAGCUCGUCUGGUUCUGCUGCGAUUGAGAGAGGCAUGUUAUCGUCGUCUUCAGCCCAGAGGCACCUACUCUCGCCCACCUUCCCAGGAGACAACAGAUCCAGCACGAUGGGCUCGGCCAAGUCUGCAACAGGUGCAGCCAGCACUAUGGAAUCUUCAAAGUCCCAAACGAGUCCAUUUGACUAUUGCCCGCAGUCUCCAGUCCUGGAUGCGAGCAAGAGUGACACCGCCACCAUUUCCUCUUCAAAGUCGGGCAAGGGUUCCCUCGGCUCCCGCAAGUCGUCCAAGUUGGACCUGUCGCUUCCCCGCAACGCCGCUGACAUCGCUGGUUCAGCUCCCAACACACCCUUGCCCCAGCCCGGUGGAUUCGGAUCGCUUCUCGGCCGGUCGUCCUCAAACUCCAAGAAGCUGAGCGCCAAGUUCAAGGCCCGCGAUAGUCGGUCCAAGUCGGAUCUGGCGCCAGGUCGUACUAGUGCUGACUUGAUUCAAUCGUCAGUCGCAUCUCUCCCAAUCACAACGACUCGCAAGGCAAGUAUACCCAGUAUCCCCGUCAGCAACCAGCCUUCUUCUUUGUCUCCACCUCCUCGUCAGAGUUGGUCUCGGUCCAAGUCAUACCAGGGCGCAGCUCCUGCCAUUCCUGCAUCCUUAAUUGGCAUGUUUACCGAGGGUGAGAAUCCAAUGACGAUCGAUGUCCAGCUUGCGAACGAUCUUGUUCCAGGGGAUGUGACGAUUCCUUCGUCUGGAGGGACCCGGAGCUCAAUGUCAUCCUCGAUCGGUUCUCCUACGACCGACUCCCCGACGCUGACACCCAUCGGUGAGGCACGCACAAAGACAGCACCACCCAGUAAGAAGGACAGUUUCACCUCGCCUGCGCCUUCUCCAUCCACGCCCACAAUAGCAUCGCCGUUUCCUCGACUCGGAGGAAUGGCCCCGCCACGGACGAGCCAAGACAGGCGGAAUAAUUCUCUCGACCGAGAUAGUGAACUGAGCUUCUCUGCCAGCGGCAGUGGUGGACUUGGAGGAUCAGGAACGGGCAAGGGUCGUACAGGAUUCACAACUGCUACCAUGGAUCUCCGACGCACCUCCAACCGUCCUCAGCGUUCUGUCGACAACCUCGCCUCGGCCUACUUUUACAGACGUGCAGCAGAAUACAGCGGUUCGAGCGACGUGAAUUCCCGAAUGGGCAGUUCAUCGAACGACAAGGCUGCUGCUUCUUCAGCAUCGUCACCGAAUGGAGUCCCACCCUCCUCGCCGCAGCUGACCAGUUCUGGAUUCUCCUACUACGGAGUCGACAUCAAUGGCGGAGGCGACAGCGGCCGCAGCUCACCCCAUAACCGCCGCGAUUCUCUCCUGAGCCAAAAGCCACAUCACAAGAGCCAGUCCAGUCUCGACUAUGGCAACGCCGGUUUAUCAUACUCCUCACCCUCCUCUCCAUUCGACAGCCUCCCUGCUCCUCCGGGAUUAAACGAUACUGGACGGACCAACAGUGUGACGAGCAGUUUGCGCCUCAUGGCGGACGAUCCCUGGACCCAAGCUAUGGUCGCUCGUGCCCAGAACUCCAACCCUGCUACUAGUGCGACGUCACCCGCCACCACGCCCACAGGAGGAGCCACAGGAACAGGGUUAGGAGGUAGUGGUGGAGGUGGCCACUCACACUCGUUUUCGCAGUCAUCGAUCCAGAUCCCGCUGAGCCCUACACGGAGUCCUAGUCCUGGCUUGUUUGCGCCGUCGCCGUCGUCGUCGUCGUCUGCCUUUUUUUCACGACCUGGUAUUGCCCAGACUGGAUCUGAAUAA